AUGAAUAGAAUUGAAUGGAAUAUAAAAGAUUUAUUUGAAAAAGACAAAAAUAAUAAUGAAGAUAAAACAAACAAAUGUAGUAAAAAGAUAAAUUACGAAGAAAAAAAUGAUAACGAUUCUUAUUCUUCUAGCAUAAAUGCUUAUAAAACUCCUAUAAUGGUAAAAAAGACUAACCAAACUUCAGAGAACAAUCAUUAUUUUUUAUUAAAAAAGAAUAGAAACAGUUUUAGUGAAAAUGCCCAAAUAUAUAAUAAAUUAAAUAAGAAAAUGAAUCAUAAAUUAGCUAAUAGAUUAACUAUAAAACUAAAUAGUAACUUAAAUAAAAAUAAUGAUUCAUAUAUAAAUAGUGGUAAUGAUAAAACUUCUAAUAAAUUUAAUUUUGCUGACAAAGAAACAAAAUCAAGUGGACUUCUUUGGAAGUGCGUAAAAAAUGUUUAUACUUCUUUUACAACAGCUGUAAAGAAAAAUAUUUUCAUCAAUGAUAAGAAUUUAGAGGAUAAUCAUAUUUCAAAAGAGAAAUCAAUUUCAAAUAAUUCUAGGAUAAUUAACAAAAAAAUGAAAAUCAAAAAAUAUAAAGACACAAUAUUAAAUGAAUCUUGUAUAUUUUCAAAAAGAAAAAAUGAUUUAAUAUCGGAUAAAUAUAUGAAUAAAAAUUCAUCAUAUGAUAUUAAAAUAAUUAAAGAGAAAAACUUAAAAAAUGGAAUUUUACUUGAAACUAAUAAAAACAAAAAUGAUGAACAAGAAACAGAGGAUAUAAAUAAGAAAAUAAAAAAUUGUUAUUAUGAUUUUUUUGAAGAUGAUAUAAAAAACUUAUUUGGAUAUGAUGAUUAUGAAAAAGUGGAAUAUUUUAAUUAUAAUAAUUAUAAGAAUAAACAAGAUAUUCAAAGAAAGCAUAAUAUUUGCGAAAACACAAAUAAAAACAAUAUUGAUAAAUAUAAUAUUAAACGAAAUGAUGGUAGCAAUAAUAGGUAUUCAUCUAGUUCAAGCUCUUCUGAAUUUAAUUUUAAUAAAAUUAAUGAAAAUGAUAACUUUUCAUACGAUUAUAUAACAUCUAAUUUAAAAGACAAAAAAAAAAAAGUUAAUAAUUUAAUUUCAAAGACUAAUAGCCAGCAUUCAUUGCAUAAUUUAUAUAAUACUGACCUAAGCUCUAACAAAGGUUUUUUUUUUGAAUCACCAGGAGAUGAAAAUAUAAAUAAAAAUGAAAGUUAUUAUUUUCUUACUGAAAAAAGAAAUGGAAAUAAUAGUAGUGAUAAUAAUAUUGUAGUGACUAAUAAAAACAAAGAUGAUCAUAUUACGCAAAACAAAAGUAAUAUAUUAAGGCCGUAUUUCCAGAAUAACAAUAAAAAAUGUAGUAAAGAUAAUAUAAAAAAAAAAAUUAAUAAAGAAUAUGGAAAUAAUGAUAGUGAUAUAAGUGUGAGUAAUAGUAUUGACAAAUGCAUUGAAAAGAAAAUAGAUAAAAAUUUUAGCAAUAAUAAAGACGAAUAUUUUACGAUAAAAAAAAGUAAAGAAAGGGAAAAUACAAUAAAAUGUGUAGAUAAAUGUGAUGAAAAGAACAAAAGCUUGGAAAGUUUCUAUUAUGAAAAUAUUUUUAAAAAAAAAAAUAAAGAAGAUAAUGUAAUAAAUAUAAUCGAUGAUGAAGAGGAGUAUGCAUAUAAUGAAUUAGUUAGUAACUGUGAUACUUUUGAAAAUCAAAGUUUAAAAAAUAAAGAUCAAGAUAAUGGUUACAAAAAUACAGAAAAUUAUAAUAGUUUCAUUAAAAAUAAUGAAGAAAUAAAAAAAAUGAGGAAUGAAUAUAAAUCAUUAAUACAAUUGAUAGAUACAUUCAUUGAUGAAAGUUUAAAUGGUAGUGAUUUAUCUAAUUCUUUAAUUGAUAAAAAAAAAAGUAAUGAAGGUGAUCGAGAAAAAAAAAAUAUAAAUAAUGACUUCAAUAAAGAUGAAGAUAGUAUGAAAAUCAUAGAUGGAAUUUAUAGUGACAAUAAAAAUAAGUAUAUUAUCUUAAAAUAUGAUGAAGAUUCGUUAAUUGAAGCAUUAGAAAAAUUAAGAAUUGAUAAGAAGAAAAAAAAAGUAUAUGAAAGAGAAGAGGAAGAAGAAGAAAAAAAAAAAAUUACAAAAAUAGACAAAAGUAUAUUUUAUAAAUGUAAUAAAAAGGAUCAAUAUGAAACAGCAAUAUUUAUAUUAAAUCAAAAAAAUGAAAAUAAAGUAUUAAUUGAAAAAUUUAAUGUUCCCCUAUUGUAUUCUCAAAUAAAAUGUUUAAUAGAUACACAAUGGUUAAACGAUGAAGUUAUUAAUUUUUAUUUAAGUAUGUUACAAGAAUAUAAUGAACAAAAAGUUAAAAACGAUUCAUCAUAUUUUCCAAAGAUUUUUACUUUUAGUACAUUUUUUUUUCAAUCAUUAAGUUCAAAUGGGUGUUACAAUUAUUGUAAGGUAUCCAGAUGGACAAAAAGAAAAAAGGUUGAUAUUUUUUCUUUUGAUUUAAUUCUUAUUCCAUUACAUGUAGGUGGAAAUCAUUGGACAUUAGGAUCGAUUAAUAUAAAAGAUAAAAAAAUUAAAUUAUAUGAUUCUUUAAAUAUGCCAAAUAAAAACUUUUUUGAAUAUAUAAGAAGGUAUAUCGUUGAUGAAGCAAAAGAUAAAAAACAGAUAGAUAUUAAUAUUUCUACGUGGGAAUAUGAUAAAAAUGGAAAUUCCGAGAUUGGGGCACCAUUUCAAGAAAAUGGAUAUGAUUGUGGAGUAUUUACAUGUAUGUUUGCAAAAUGUUUAAGUUUUAAUAGGGAAUUUGAUUUUAACCAAAAUGAUAUAAAGGAAAUACGAUUAAAAAUGGUUUAUGAAAUAUCAAAAGGAUAUUUAGCAUUUUGA